AUGCCGGAGCGUUUUAACAAGAGCUUUGCCAUGCAUCUCGGCUACCUUCAGGAGAUCAUCAACGGUCCUCUGUACUCAGUCAUCACUUUCGUGAAUAAGGAAUUCGUUGGGCCUCUCAUUAAUCCUUCUAGCUGUCGGGUUUCUCUACCGGGCGAUAUUUUUAUUAUCGUUAUGGAGGGUGCUCUUGAAAUAAACGUCUUUUCACCAAAAAGUGAGGAAACUGGAGCAGCGCUGAAGGGCAUUUUUGUAUCUGAUGAUGUGGUCUACGUUCCUCAUCAAUUCAAGCACCGUGCAAAGCUCGCUAACUCCGAAACCUCCCAUGCCAUUGCUUUGAGCAUCAUCAACCGUGCUCCCGCAUUGGAACUUAAUUUAGAUGAACCGAAUGAUAAAAAUAGUAGUCUAUUUCGUGAACUCCUACUAUCCACUCACAACAGUCCAAAGAACAUGCUCGACAUUCUUUACAUCGAUUUAAACGCGGAGGAUGGAAUAGAGUUUGUUUUCCGUAAAUGGUUGAAGGGUAUAGAUGGCGUGUUUACGAACAAGGAGAUGAAGUUGAUAAAUUGGGAGGCAAAUGAAUUGAGAAAACAAUUUAUGGAAGACACACCGGCUGCGAAAUUGCAUUUCACCGAAGAGGCGGGGCACGCAGCUCUUUACGGACCACAUUGGGAUGAUCCCAACUUCGUUGAUCUCGAAGCCGAUGUGGCUAACAUCGAGAAGGCUAUGCGCUUUCCUGAUCCGCAUGUCGAAGGAUGCGUCAAAUUUGGUCAGGAGCUUGGACCUGAUACACUCAUUCGUCUCACUCGUCGGUCGGUACUAAGUCUGAUUCUCAGGUCCGAUGAUGAUUUUGCUUGCCUGCAUCACAGCCUCGCCAAUGGUGAUGAUGUGAGAUCUGAAAAUGAACCGAGGUGCUUGCGGAUACCCUCAAAGUUUCUUCCGAUGAUCCAGUGGCUGAUUGCUAUUUAUCCCAAAAGUACAAUGAUCUACAACCUACCUGGAGGCAACGUGUAUGAUCAGGUAACUUGUUUGCUCAAAUAA